AUGAGCGCCGCGGAUGGGGAGAGUAAGCCUUUGUUGCAGAGGCCCGCGGGCGGCGAGAGAGGGACGACGCGAGACGCGUAUCUGGACAACUGCAAGUUCGCCCUGAUGAUUCUCAUCGGCGUGGGGCACUCGCUGCAGUGGCUGCUCGCCACGGAGGAUCGGAGAACCGGACGCCUGUGGUGCGGGGCGGACGCCCUGGACGACUCGAGCGAGGACGGGGUCGCGCCGUCGUCGGCGGUGGUGCCCACGCUUCGUGCGCUGUACACCUGGUCCAACGCCAUCGCCAUUCCCAUGUUCUGCGUCGUCUCCGGGAGGCUGUCGCGGUCGCUGGUCGCGUCGUGCCGUCCGCAGCAUGGUGGGGAUGAUCGCGUGUCCGAACGCCUGCGCCGCGUCUUCGAGCAACUCGUCGUGCCGUUCGUCACGUUCCAGGCGCUCGCGUGCGCGGUGUACGAGAUAUCACCCGCGCUGCGGGACGCGCUCGCGCCGGGAGGUACGCAGUCGUCGGGUGAGGCGGGCGCGACGAGCGGGCCGGCGGCGGAGGCGGCGGCUACUUUCGAUUUUUGGACGCCGCACGUGAGCUGGUACCUCGCGGCGCUCGCGUUGUGGCGGUGCGUCUCCGUGGUCACGGCGCAGAUGAACGACGUCGCGGUGUGGAUAGGGGCGCUGACGGUGGGGAUAGGGGUCGGGUUCACGAACACGGGCGCGGCGACGGGUUUUUUCCUCAAGUGGGGGACCAUCUGGGGAAAUUUUCCUUACUUUGUCCUCGGCACGUUUGUCGAGGACGACCAUUACCGUCGACUCAGGGACGCGUCCGGGGCGCUUAAACUGGCGUGCGGCACUAUCACGGCCGUAGCACUCGUCGUCGCGUGGUGCGGACUCAGCCACGAGGUGCUCUGCUUCGACUUGUGGCAGUGGGAGGCGUGGAAGAGCUCACCGUUUGUCCACUACAAUCAGUUCACAGUUGAGUCCGCGGUGGAGGGCGUGGACGCGUCCCCGAGGUCCUUGUUCUUCGCCGCGUGUUUCAGGGCGUUCACGUACGUCUACGCGGUCGUGGUGGGUGUCGCGUUUCUCGGGUCACUUCCGCGGGUCCACGUGCCCCUCGUCACCGACUCGGGAACGAGGACCAUGUACGGCUACCUGGUGCACGCGCCCGCGCUCCUCGCGCUGCUGGCGCUCAACGGCGUGUUCCAGUCCGCGGGUACCGGCGGCGGCCUCGGGGUGCUCGGGUGGCUGACGUGGGGGGUGUUGGCACCCGUGGCGGUGACGGAGGCGUGCAUGACCGCCCCGGUGGCGAGGGUGUUCUGGUGGCUGUGCGAGCCAAAGCUCGGCAAGUGGGUUUGGCGAUGA